AUGGCCCAAUGCGACCUCUACGACUUGAGCCACUCUGGAAAUGCCUUAUCAUGGAGGGGAGUAAGGAACUCGCACACUAUCCACUCUCGGCUGGACCGAGCCUGCUCAAACAGCUAUUGGGCUGAGCUGUUUCCACUUGCCCACUGCCAUUACGAUCGCUUCGAGGGAUCUGAUCACCGCCCUGUCAUUUCUUUCCUGGAACCUACGAAACACAAGAAACAAGGGAUCUUCAGAUAUGAUAGAAGGAUGCGUAACAAUGAAGAGAUCCGACAGCUCAUCUCAAUUACCUGGAACUCCCACCCUGGUGCCUCCGUCAAAUCGAGAAUAGCCAGAUGCAGAAGGGAAAUAUCAAAGUGGAACCGCGAGCACCAUGCAAAUAACAAGAAAACCAUGGAUGAGAUGCGUGGAAAACUAGAAGAAGCAAUGUCAAAACCUACAAUAAACGACCUGGUGAUCCAUUCCCUGAACCAAAAACUAAGAGAAGCCUACAAAGCAGAAGAGAAAUUUUGGAGACAGAGAAGUAGGCAAACCUGGCUGAGCUUAGGGGAUAAAAAUACAGGAUAUUUCCAUGCAAUCACCAAAGGGAGAAAGACUAUCAACAAGUUUGCUCUUAUCGAAAACACGGAGGGCCACAUAGUCUACGAAGAAGACCAAAUUGCUGCGGUCAUCACUAGCUACUAUACAGACCUCUUCACCACUCAACAAACAGAAAGAGAAGAGAUUGUUGAAAAGUGUCUCUCACCUCGCAUCUCGGAGGAGGAUAACAUCAGACUUAUAGCAGCACCAACACAGCUGGAAGUGAGGAACGCUGCUUUCUCCAUCAAUCCGGACAAAGCACCAGGACCCGACGGAUUCUCUGCUAGUUUUUUCCAGUCAAACUGGAACAUUGUCGGACCAGCAAUCACCGAGGAGAUCCAGAACUUCUUCCUGACUGGCACCCUGCCACGAAACGUCAACCAUACACAUGUCAGGCUCAUCCCUAAGAUAAAGAGUCCAAAAAGUGUAUCCGACUAUCGGCCUAUUGCCUUAUGCAAUGUUUUCUAUAAAAUCAUCUCUAAAAUCUUGACGCAAAGACUCCAGCCUCUACUACACAAGAUCAUCUCCGAAAACCAAUCAGCAUUCAUACCAGGCCGUGCUACUUCAGACAAUGUUCUUAUAACUCACGAGGUCCUACAAUUCUUAAAGACUUUUGAGGCAAAAAAGCACUGCUCAAUGGCGGUCAAGACCGACAUGAGCAAAGCGUACGACAGAGUCGAAUGGGACUUCCUAAGGCUUGUCCAACUGAAACUUGGCUUCCACCCGAAAUGGGUCCAAUGGAUUAAUCAGUGUGUAUCUACAGUAUCUUAUUCCUACCUGAUAAAUGAUAUGGCAAAAGGACUGGUGAUACCAAGUCGAGGCAUCAGACAGGGCGACCCCCUCUCACCAUAUCUAUUCAUUUUAUGUGGAGAAGUCCUAUCUAGCCUAUGUAACCAAGCUCAGGAAAAAGGACACUUACAAGGCAUUCGUGUUGCGAGAACAAGCCCAAGGAUCAACCACCUGCUUUUUGCAGACGACACAAUGUUCUUUAGCAAAACAAACGAUCGUUGUUGCUCAACCCUCUCCAAUAUCCUUCAACAAUAUGAAUUGGUCUCGGGUCAGAAAAUCAAUGUGGAAAAGUCCUCCAUCACCUUUUCGGCAAAAACAAGUUCUGAAACCAAGGAAAGAGUCAAAGCAAAGCUGGGAAUCAGUAAAGAGGGUGGACAGGGAAAAUAUUUGGGACUCCCUGAAUAUUUUGGCAGACGGAAAAAAGACAUGUUCACCUUAAUUGUGGACAGAAUCCGGCAACGAGCCGCCAGUUGGUCAUCGCGAUUCCUAUCGGGAGCUGGAAAGCUCACUUUACUCAAAUCCGUUCUUACGGCAAUCCCGGCGUAUACAAUGUCCUGCUUUAAACUCCCUGCUAGCAUCUGCAAAAGAAUCCAAUCAGCUCUCACUCGGUUUUGGUGGGACGACAAGCAGGGAACAAAAAAGAUUAGUUGGACCUCAUGGAAGAAGCUCACAAAACCGAUAAAGGAAGGAGGACUUGGCCUCAGAGACAUACAGGCUUUCAACGAUGCCCUGCUAGCCAAAGUUAGCUGGAGGAUACUGAAAAACCCAGAAGCUCUUCUAUCUCGGGUUCUACUUGGGAAAUAUUGCAAUCACUCCAGCUUUCUCGAAGUCGCCCAGCCAUCUGUCUCAUCCCAUGGUUGGGCAGGGAUUUUGAUUGGUCGCGACCUGUUGUUGAAAAACCUUGGCAAAGUCAUUGGUGAUGGAAAAUUAACAAACCUUUGGUCAGAUCCCUGGAUCUCAAUAGAGGAACCAAUUAAGCUAUAUGGCCCUGUUGAAAAAGAAAAACAGAACCUGAAGGUUGCUGACCUCUUCAAGGAUCAUACCAAAGAAUGGGAUCCAACGAAAGUAGCAGAGCUCCUCCCCGAUUUCCUCAAUGAAAUCUUGUGCAGAAGACCGAGUCUUACCGGAGCUGAAGACCAGUAUACAUGGCUCAGCACAACCUCGGGAGCAUACACAACAAAAUCGGGUUACAAUAUGGCUAUGAUGUCUAGACAAGACAUAGACAACUCCGACCUAGCUGAACCAAGAAUUAACUGGUAUCCUGAUCUAUGGAAUACGAACUGCUCACCUCAUCUGAAGAUCUUCUUAUGGAAAUGCAUCCAGGGAGCAAUCGCAGUAGGUGAAAAUCUCCAAGCUCGAGGACUCCCAACCCACUCAACCUGCAAACGAUGUGACCAGCUAGAGACAACCGAUCACGUCUUCCUUCAUUGCGAAUUUGCGAGAGCUACAUGGACACUAGCCCCGACGAGCUCACCUGUCGACGCUGAGUCCAUCCCCAAUUUCAUCACCGGACUGAAAGCAGAAAAAAGCUGGAGGUGUCUUCCACCAACCGGACUCACCACGAGCUCUCUGUUUCCAUGGAUCUGCUGGGCCCUUUGGUCCGCCAGAAACCUCCUCCUGUUUGAAAAUAGAUCCUUCUCUCCCAGAGAAACCAUCACCAAAGCAGUAGCAGACGCAAGAGAAUGGUUAGAUGCACAGCCACAACAACCAACACCAACAAGCAACCGGCAAAUUCAGAUCUCAAGAGUCUCAGACCCGAAUAGCGUUACCUGUUUCACAGACGCAGCUUGGAGAUCCGAGGACAAAUCGGCGGGCCUUGGAUGGAUAUUCGUGGAACCCAACCGACAACCCAUCAGCGAGCAUUCACAUACUGAAAAGUUUGUGAGCUCCCCUUUAGUUGCUGAGGCACUGACGGUUCGAGAAGCCCUCUUGUAUGCCCGAUCUGUACAGAGACAGAUCCUCCACAUCAACUCAGAUUCCCAAACGCUCAUCGCAGCAAUCAGGUCGGGAGACCUCCCAGCCGAGAUUUAUGGCGUCCUCCAAGACAUCAAAUCGAUCUCUGCUUCUUUCUCCCUUGUUACUUUCAAUUUCAUCUCUAGAUCGCUUAAUUCUGUCGCAGACUCAAUUGCGAAGAAAGCUCUGGCUGAACUACCUGUAUUAAACGCUUAG